ACCAUCAAAUGUUUCAAUGUUUGUACGGCAGUGUAUACAUCAUAUGCUCUAUAAUUUAAGAACUUCAAGUAGUUCAUGCAAUCUUAGUAUAUUUCAGGGCUUCUUGCUUAUUUCGAAUGGCAUAUAAUUAACUAAUAAUACUGCUCAGCAGGACGAAAGUGCAUGACAUUUCAUGGUAAUGCGGAGUUCUAAUAUAAGCAACAUCUUUGUUGCUUCCGAUUACCAAUUUAUUAAAAAAAAUUCAGUAAUAUCAAGAGCGCUUCAAAGUAGUUACAGUGAAGUCAUACAGAAUAAUGGCAGUGAACGUUUUUUAGUGAGACCCUGCCAUCAAGAUAUAUUGUUUCUCGUACUUUUUUCACAUGACUAUUAUAUACUGUAUGACGUCAUAAGGAAUUGUGAGGGCGUCAUUUGAGGAGAUUUACAGAAGAUCCAAACCAGGGUUUUGAGGUCAGAGCGGCAAUGGCUGUGCAGCAGUUUUGCCUUCGAUGGAAUAAUCACCAGCCAAAUUUUAUCUCGGUUUUCACACAUCUACUAAGCACGGAAUCUCUGGUGGAUGUGACACUAGCUGCUGAGGGCAAGCAUCUCCAGGCUCACAGAGUAGUUCUCUCUGCUUGUAGCCCAUACUUUCAGAUGCUGUUUACAAUGAAUCCAUGCCAGCAUCCAAUUGUUAUUCUGAAAGAUGUUAAAUAUGAUGACUUGAAAAUAAUGGUAGAUUUUAUGUACUAUGGCGAAGUCAACAUAUCACAUGAACAGUUGCCAGCAAUUUUGAAGACUGCAGAACUAUUGAAAGUCAAAGGCUUGGCAGAGAACUCGGAUCCAGGCUUGACCAAGCAGGCAAGUGGCUCAUCUGACCGUGCAGAGUUGUUGGCACCCGGAGAUUCUGCCUGGGACAGUGCAAGUCGCCGCAGCCCGUCACCUUUAUCAAUUGCAGCCAAGCGGAAAAGGCUGCGAAAGUCGUCUACGGGUUCAGGGUCUGGCUCCACAGAACGGGGUACCUCUGAGGAACUCCUGACUGGUGAAGUGACUUUAGUUCCUUCUCCAGCACUUGUAAAAACUGAAAGUUCUGGCUUCCCAGUGGUGCAGUCAAGUGGAGGAGGCAGCACAGACGCAGAUAGUGGUGGCACAGGGCGCAGUGCUGAUAGCUCCCUACGCACUGGAGGGCAGGAACCUAGCACUGACUCAGAGCCACGGAAUGGAUCCCAUGAUAGCACUGAUGAUGAUCCAUUAUCCAUUCAUAUACCACCAGAAAGUGAUGGCAGCAAUCCUAAGGUGGAAUCCAAUGUGUCAGAGUACAGUCAAGGUGAAACUCAAAGCCAGCAGUCUCAUCAAAUGCACAUCUCUCCACAAGGAAAACCACCAUCAGCAAAACGUAAUAGGUGGCUGGUGCGACAGCCGCGUGUCAAGAAAGAGGGUGAUGCAGGUCAAGAGGAAGUUGAGCUUACUGCUCCUGCAGCUUUAUCACCAACCGUGCCCAGCCCUUCACCCCAAGUAACAGAGAUGCAAACCACAGUUGUGACACCAACCACCACUGUUCAGCCUCAGCCCUCACCGCCACAGCAGCUGCUUCUUGCGGUUCCGCACCGUGUCGAACGGCAGAGCUCAGAACCUGGGCCUAGUCGCAGUUGCCAGCUUCUGACAGUGCCGCAGACACCAACCUACCUCGUGAAGCAGCAUUCUGACCCACAGAUACAGAGUGUAGUAUCCACUCAUACGCCUCUGCUGACAAUUCAGCGUCAACUCUCGCAGCAGCAUCAGCAGCAACACCACUUGCAGCAGCAUCAACAACAACCACAGCAGCAGCAGCAGCAGCAGCAGCAGCAACAACAACAACAACAACAGCUGCCAGUUGUGCAGCAGCAGCUUCCACCACCUCCUUUCCACGUGCAGCUCGUAACUGCACCAACGCAGGAAUCACCAGCACGAGCACCAUCUCCCUCAGUGGUGGUAAUGGGAGGUCCAGCAACACAUCAGCAUUCACCUAUGUCUGUGGAGCAUCCUGCUGCAAGUACUGCUGCCAGCUCUGCCCCAUUAUCACAGCAGGCCACACCCCAUCAGGAUGCUAAGAAUGCACCUACAGGACUGCGAGUCCGCACUGAUGAAUUGCGCAGAGCAUCUUCAUCACCACAGGAGACAACGUACGAGUGCCCACUGCGAUCGAACCACUGCCCUGCCCUGAGGCCUGGUCCUGCACUGGGUUGCAACUAUUGCUGGAAUACAAUCGACAGCCAUGGCCGCAUUCUCCGGCGUAAGACUAAAUAUUAUUGCCCUGAGUGCCAAACCAAUCUCUGCAUUGUUCCCUGUUUUCAGGCAUAUCAUGAACGUGCGACAGCUCCACCUGGCAGCAAGAUUUUGCCUAAGACUGGUUCCAUAUAGUGAAUAAUGACACUGCAUUAGGAUAAAUAAAUUCUUUCAGCUUUCUGCCAUUCAGAAAGUGCACAGAGACAAUAUUUUUCAUUGUUAGAGAGUCAGUUCUGUCAAAACAGAGAAUUUUGGCUUGUUUAACUCAGAGGGACAAAUUGGAUCAUUUAAAGGAGUUCCACACACAUACAUUAAUUGUGCAUGAUCAAAAUGAACUGUGUUGAACUUGUUAGGUCUGUUGUAUUCUCUCACAUUAACAUGGUCAGUGGAUCUAUGUGACUGCUGAAUUUUCUUUCAGAACUUAUAACUUGACCAUAUUUUUUGUGUUGCAUUUUCAUAUUACAUAUUACAUGCAAUGAACUCAUUCGAUGCACAUUUCACAGUAAAUAGAAUUUUGUGAAGCAAGUAAUAAAGGGGUUCUACAUUAAACUAAUUAUUAUCUCGAACAGAUUAACUAUUUACAAAAAUAAAAAUAGGAAAUCCAAUCGGUACUCCAGAAAUAUCAUCCUGUUUAUAUUUUCCUUUAGUCUUUCUGGGUUGAGUUUCAUUGAAAUUUGUCAAUGCUUAGGCCCAAAAUCCCUAGCUGUGAUGACGCCCUAAUAUACCCAACUGUCAUAUGAUCUGGAAGUGAUGUUGAAGUUAUAAGGUGUUUCAUUAAAGAAUAACCGAAAUAAAUUUACAAGCAUAUUGAAUAAAAGGAAGAAGUUUGUUUUUGGUCACUCACUUGGAAUACUGGAAGGUAUUUUGUAAUUAAUAAGCUUAGUGGAAUAUGGUUCCAAAAUGAAUGGCCUGUUGAUUCUAAAAGAAUUCUCCUGUCAUAUUCCCAGCUGACACACUUACGAUGCUACAAACUGCAAACAGAAAUAUGUUCAAUUCCUAUUCUUAGUGGCUUCAAAUAGAAGGAUGUGCCCUUGGAUGACAGCAGCAUAAAGUAGUGUAGUGGUGAACAUUGAAGUUUCAAAUUUAAAAGAAAGAUGAAAGGAAUAAUGAAAAUAGAGAAAAGGAUUAAAUAUACUGAGAGAAAAGUUAAUAAUAACCACAUUAGAGGGUAGUAUAUAAGGUUUGCGGUAGAACAGUUACCUUGAUAACUUUUUUCUGUUGUUGCUUCCUGUGGGUCUCUUCUGUUCUGUAUUUUCUGUUGUGAAGUUUUAGCUGAUGAUAUGAGGUGCCUUAUGAGAGAAGUUUCAAAAAUCUGCGUUGUUGACUAGUUAUAUACCUUUUAAUGCUGCUUCGAUGCUGCCUUUUUUGCGGUUUUUAGCUAUGUGAUUUUUAUGGGCUCUUGUGUGGUCUAUAGUUUCACUUUUGAUUAUAUGUUUGAAUAGUAUUUACAAUAAUGUUUCCCUUCAUCUUUGGCACAUUGAUUUGGAUUCCAAUUUUUAAUAUCACUUCAGUGAAUAUUUAUAGCUUUCCACAUCUUCUGUUCUUCCAUAGAAAUUUGCCAUAUCACUUUAGAAAGCAGAUCUGUUUCAUAGUGCUGUAAUAUAAAAUAAAAUUCACAUCAUGAACAACUCAAAAGAUCCUUACCCUUUGGUUCCAACUGUCCAAAUUUUCAUGCAGUUUAGCUUCUGUCAAUUUUAAUUCUCUCUUCUAUCUGUCAAUUUUAAUUCUCAUUCAGUUUGUUUAGUAAAUUGUAUGCUGGCAGGACAUUCAGCUUGGGCAGUAUACCAUUGUAACAUAUCACAUAUAGCUGUGCUGAUAUCCUUUUAAAUAUGCUAUUGACUGUCUACAGCUCUGCUUUCAAACAACAUCUACCAGAUGGUGAUCGAACAUUAAACUCUGAACUUCCUUCCUGUCUUUUUCAAGAAAACAUUGUAUGGUGACUUCUUGUGUUACACUAUUUUUCUAAGGCUUGUAUGACUAUCAACAAUAUACAAUUGAGUACCUGCCCAAUCUUCUAUAUACUCUAGAUUAUCUGACAAUUUCCAAUUAAAGAGUCUGGAAGCACUAAAAAUUCAAUGUGUGCUUGUUUAUUAGAAGAGUGUCACCUUGGAUACUAAACUUUUUAAUUAGGAGGUGCUAAUUUACUGUAGCAAUUAUACAACUGAAUCCUUUAAGUGAAUAACUGAAUUCUUAAUGUCAGAAAAAGAGACAUUUCACAGUAGAAUAUUGGUUUCUUAAGAAAUGUAGAUAAUAGAUGGUAUCAUAUCAUUGCAAAUUAACAGGAGGACAGCAGAUAAUAUUUUGGGUGUCUGAGCUUGAAACACUGAUCCUGUAAAAUUGUGGAUCAUUUGUAGAUUAUAAUUCGCUUUUUGUAGUUGCAAACUAUAUAUUUUCCUUAGUUCCUGUUCCCCUGUCCUUCAUUGUCCACUUGGCAGUCAUCAGCACAAUCUUUUAAGUUCACUAAUUCAGGCAGUAAUCAAGAUCAUCUCACUAGCCUCUAUUUUUUAGUAUUUUUUUCUUGCCACACUGUUUUCUUAAUUGGCCAGAGGCUCAACAGUCACUUGUUUAUGCAUCAUGUUUAUUAUGUAAUUUUGUGCAUAAUUAUCUUGUUUCACAAAAGAUACAACAUGCCUCCCUUAAAAAAAACUCAAAUGUACACAAUAAAAUUUCUCUGCAACUCAUUAAUGCAAUUAAUGGUAUGUUUUCUGUAUACCAUUACAGAGUUUAUAUUUGUGAAGACUGUGGUAUUAUAUGUGUGUGAAGGAAUCUUACUGUUGUACUCAUAAUGCUUGAGUGCUUAAUCUAUGUUUGCAAUCUAUAUGAAAAAAGUGAAUGAAGUAUAUUUGUUGCUGUAAAAUUCACUAAAAAUUAAUUCCCUGAACUACUAUGCAGAUUAAUAUAAUGAAUUUUUUCUCAUUUAAUGAUCACAGAAAUUUGUCACACUCAUCUCCAUGAAGCACUACCCCAGUAAUUCCCUUCCUUUCAGAACAUUACAUUACAUACAUCUAUAUUUGCAGGACUUUUUUAGUAAUACUUCAUAUCAGAAAUUAUUAGAAUUAUAUUGUUUGUAAAAUAAGUGACUUGCUGUUUGAGCUGUUGAAUGUUGUGCAGCUGAGUAUACAUUCUGAUAUUUUUCUUAGCACACAAGAAAUGAGAAAGAAUAACAUUGUUUUGUGCUGAACUGUUUUUACUCCCUUUCACUCUAACCCUCAAUUUGUUAAAGUGCCUUUCUGUUUGUCCUUUGUAGCAAUAUAACAUUCACAGUGCAAAUUAUCAUGGGUUCUGAGAUUUUUUAACAUCCAAACAGUGUUAUUUCCAUUGCUUGCAAAAGAUUUGAGUUUUUAAAAAAUUGUGAAGUUUCUCUACACUUCAGGUUUCACUUUACUCUUUAAGUUCUCCUUAGAUGAGUUACAGUGUGGUUUGAUGAAAAACAAAGACACCACUCUAGCUCAGUGUUUCUUAAAUAAACACAAGGUUGUCUUUUUUUUUCCUGCUGUCAUUUCUUUCCACUGGACAUGAAGUUAGCACAUCUUCAGUGAUUGUGGUUUUCAUUUCUCAGUUUUUCUCUCUGAUUUCAAUGUUCUCUCAUGUAACAUUAUAAGCAAAGAGAGGCAAUAUAUCAAAUACAAUUCAAAAGAUGGAAUCAGUAGCUUACAUGAAAAUUCACACCUCCUUUCCACAAAAUUUAGUUCAUCUUGCCAUUUCUUUUGUGUCAUACAAUAUAAUUAUUUAGCACUAUGACCAGCAUAUUGAUCAGAGAAGUGUAGACUAUUAAGAGCCAUAAUGUAACAUGUCAGUGGAGUUAUUUCCAAAAAGGAACAUAGGGCAAAGUAGUGACAGAAAUACUAUAGAAAAAAAUUAAUGUUCAUUACCUACUGCACAAGUUUCUUCUGGAAGCCAGUGAAGUACCUAGACUAGACCAUUCUGUAAUUCACUGUUUAUUAAUAUUUUUACAUCCACAUUUUUCCACUGUUUCAGUAAAAGGCAUGCAAACACACUCUUGAAGAUAUAUGAAAUAAAUUCUUGUCCUUUUCAAAUCAUUUCUAAAAUACUUUGUCUUUACUGAGACCAAGAACGUGUUCGUAUCAGUGCUGUUAGUGUUUGACAUGCUGAUAAGUAUGGCACCUCUGUCUACAGUCUCAUACAUAUUUCAUUUCACUCUCCCAUUGUGAUUAUAUUUUGGUAUAUAAAUUGAAACAGUCUGUCACCAUAUAGGAAAGUCACUUGAUACAGAGCAUUCAUGACAGUUUUACUUCUUUUAACUGAAGCUAUAAAUACUAUAUGCUGGUACCUGUGGUAGAUAAGUCUUAGUUUUUACAAGAAGUGUGAUGUUGGCUACGUAAAUGUAACUUUUCAGUGCAAAACCAAUGGCAAAGAUCUAUAAUUUUGUAGACUUCUAGUGUUCAAAAUACUCCCUGUAUUAUUCAUUCAGUUACUAUUGUACAAUAAUAUGCAUUGCUGGGUUGAUACUAAGAAUGUUGUGAUAAAGAAACAUGUAUACUGUGUACAUAUUAAGAGAAUGGUAUGAACCAUUUAAAUCUUUAUUUUCUGUAUUUCACUGUUGUGCCUCUCAACUGUCAAGAUUUUGUACAGUUGUUAUAGUCUUUGUGUCAUACAUGUUACAAACAGAAACUUUAUUUUUAAUUAUACUGUUUGCAGAUAAAGAUUAAUAGUAACUGUUACUUAUGCACAUUAACAGCUAGUAUGCAAAAAUUUGAGAGAGAAAAUUGGUUGUAAAACUUAUUGUUUGUCUACAAAAAUAUUGCUCAAUUCUAUUUUUAUGCUAAAAUUGCUUGUAUAGACAUCAGAACAUGUGUUUGUUUUGUUUUGGCUUUGGGAUAGGCUGUAAUAGAAGUUGCAGUUGUGUGAUGUGAGUAAAAAGUCUACUAAAAAUUGUAGUUGGUUCACAUGUGGUAUUGUCAGAGAGCUAUAAAUUAAACAAGUAAUCCCAAAAAGGUGCAAUUCUGAACGUGUAGACAGGCAGUUUAGAAACUGUGUGUAAUGCAUUUUACAAAGUUCGAAAUCAUAUAUUUAGUUUUAAGGACAGUAACAAAUAUUUGUCCUUGUACCACAUGUUUGGUAUUGUUAAGAUUUCAGACUUUGCGGAGAAGGUACAAGAUCUACUCUUAAUAUUAAUGUAUAAAUGCCCCC